GCCACCAUCCAUACAAAAAGAAGAAAAUACAUUUGCUAACAGAAACAAAUACACACACACUCUCCAGGCUGGACUUCAUAGUAGAUGCGUUCGUGCCACAACAACAUUGGAAAUGAUUUGUCCCAAAGACGUGCUGCAGUGGUUUACGACUCUGGAGAGCUACAAGCGCAUUGAUACCAUGUGUUCACUAUUCGAAGCCUGCCUGCCGUUUGAGCUGCGCUUCUUGGGCACCUGUCUCGAGGAGCUAGGCCGGCGCGAUUCCAGCAAAUUGCGGGAGAUGGAAUUGCGCGCCAAUAAUCCGCAAGAUCUGGCUGUCGACAUGUACAACUGCCAAAAGGGCGAACCCACAGACAUCAAGCAUCGACGCAAAAUGGCGCUCUACUUGGCGCUUAUCCGUGCCUGCAAUCGCAAUUGCAUUAGCGAAAUAUUUCGCACGCUUGAGUGUUGGGGCGAAAUGGAUUUUAGUAGCGUUAAUGAUAAGGAUACAUUGCUGGAGCUGUUACUGGUUUAUACUAUGGCAGCGAAGCAUCCGGUCUUUUCCUAUCAUCAAAAUACCAAGUGUGGUGAGAUAUUGGCCAAGCUUAAGGAAUCUGCACAGUUUGAGCAACAGCAGCAGCAGCAGCAACUGCAACAGCAGCAACAACAACAGCAACAACAACAGCAGUGCCAGCAACAACAGUCGCAUGUAGCCCUUCAGCAACAGCAACAUCAGCGUCAGCAGCAGCCGCAGCCUGCGUAUUAUCGCCGCGAUAUGAUACAACUGCCACAAAUGCCAAAUCCAUUGCUCUAUGCGCAGACGUGGCCCAAGGACGUUGAGUGCGCGCCUCAUUUAUUUCAGGCACAUAUAUCCAUUCCAGGUGAAACAUAUAAUCCAAUGACAACGCCCACUACAGCAUGGUCCAUGUACACGCCGCAGCAGCCGUCAUCUCUGCCCCCACAAAGCUUGGAGCAUCAAAUGCCACCGCCAGCCAGUUCGCCCAUGCUAAGCAGUCAGCAAUCAUCGCCAUCAAGCAGUCGCACCACAAGUCCGCAACGUGAGCGAGUCAACAGCAUGCCACUGCAACAGCAGCAGCAGCAGCAGCAACAACAGAUGCGUACACUGACACAAAGUCGCAUGAAAAAUGUGCGUAGACCUUCAGUUGAAACCACACCGCCACCGCCAGCGUUGAGCGAGCUUAAUACGCAUCAUGUGAAGCAUAUGGAAGAAAAUAUAAUCGACAGUGGCAGCUUGUCCAGCAAAAUACGCAACAGUUUUCCGCGCGCACUCCAUCAGCGCAACAAUGUCAACAAUUACAUGCAACAACAGCUGCAACAGUCGUCGGUGAAUCAGCAGCAGCAACAGCAGCAGCAACAUUAUCAAGUUAGCAACAAUGUGGGCAUGAAGCCGAGCAAGCAGCUGGUGCAUGCUAUGCAUAAUAUGCAGUUAAGUGAUGAUGGCAUUGCGUAUCGCAGCAAGAAUGUGCCACAAACUGGCAGCGAACCGGGCAGCUCGAAUGGCUCGUGUGGUGAUAUAUCGCCACCCGAAACCCCAACGCCGCUGCAGGCGCAUAACGCAGCGGGGGCAACAAUUGCCAUGGUAAACACAGCCAUAGCUGGAUAUCAGCAACAGCAACAGCAGCACCAACAGCAACAGCAGCAACAACAACAGAAGCAUCAUUUAAGUUACAAACAACAGCAGCAGCAGGUGAAUCUGCAGCAGCGCAUUAAUGGACGCAAUGGCGUGGAGAAAAAUUUUGCGCAGGCGCAAAUGUAUGCGCCCAGCAAUGCCAGCGAUACGCAAGCGUUGCAACAACAGCAGCAGCAGCAGCAGCAGGCAUUGCUUAUUAGUCCCUCAGCAGUAAGCACGCCAACAACCACAGUGCUGCUGCAGCAGCAACCACCACAACAGCAACAGGUAACAACAAGCGCGUAUAAUCCAGCCACAUAUCCAUAUCAUACCGCAAAUUCCCGUGGACCGCCACAGACACUAAUCCAGACGCAUGCGGGUGCACCGCCAACAGCGUUGCAUGGCCCGUUUCGCUUUCCAUUGCCGCCGCUGCAUAACGGCGAACUGCUCUAUUCAACAUAUCCCGCCGCAUUAACGUUCACACCUGUGCCUGUAACAGCCACGCCCACUGUUGGUGCCCCCGCGCGAAAUACAGUAGUUAGCAGCAAUGCAGCUGUUAACGUGCAAACUCAAACGUUACCUGCCACGCCACAGCUGCAACAACAGCAACAGCAGCAGCAGCAACAGCAACAACAGCAACAGCAACAGCAACUGUUGGCGGCUACAGUGGCAGCAGCAGUACCUUAUACGACGCUGGCGCAAAAGAUUAUCUCUUGUUACAAUUGCGGCUCGCAGACGCAUACGGGACGUGAAUGCCAGGAUGCAUCCAUGGAGGAUGUGACGCGCAGCGCCACCUAUAAGCUGGACUAUAGCACAACAACGAAUGCGCAUAGCGGCAACAUUGAUGCCAGCAUGGAACACAAGGAUAUGGGAAUGGCUAUGCCCAUGCUCAAAAGUGCAGGAGUGACGACACCAACGGCAGCAACAACAGUCGCCGCUGUGACCAGCAUGGGCAAAUAGGGCAUGUUGAAUAUGCGGCAGCAUACACACACACAUACAUAUAUGCAUAAUUAAUACUUAUAAACCAGCAUACAUUAUUAUAUAUAUAUCUAUAUAUAUGGAAACAAAUAAUACUUGCUAGUAAGGCUAUAUGCAACAUUUACUACGAAUGUCAAGUGCGGAAAUCAAAUUUCACGCCUUAGCCCACAAACCCACAAACAAACACACACGUCUCUUAGCUCGUUAAGAACCUUUGUCAAGUUGAAACACUAAUUUAAAAAGAAAUAAUUAGCUAACCAGGGAUAUUAAUUGCCGACAGUACAUGUGUAUACAGUAAACUGUAGUCAUACUACUUAUCUAACAUAUACAUAUAUAUUCCCACAAAAUCAACUGAAAACUGAAAACAAAAAAGAAAACAAAAAAAAUGAAUACUUAUAAUUAAGUUGUAUGUAAAAAAUAAUUAGCUCGAGUUAAUCAGAAACGCAGUUUUAUUUAGCCUCACUUAAGCUUAGUGCAAAACAAAACAAAACAAAACAA